AUGCGGGAUUACGACGAAAUCACCGCUUUUCUCGGAGAGUGGGGACCUUACCAGAAAAUUAUCUUCUUCCUUUUGAGCCUCAGUGUCUUUCCCAAUGCUUUCUUUGGGAUAAACAUGGUUUUUGUCGGGGAUACUCCUGAACACCGCUGUUUAAUUCCCGGGAACCUCAACCUCAGUGAAGCGUGGAUGAACCGCACGAUCCCUCUGGAACAAGACAAGGACAAACUCCAGUACAGCAAAUGUAGACGGUACCGGUUGGAUGUGAUCAAGAACCUCUCGGAGAUAUUCCCUGACCCGGAUUCCGUCAAUAUUUCUGAGGUGGGACAAGAGCCCUGUUUGGAUGGAUGGGUGUACAGUAAGGAGCAGUACAUCUCCACCAUCGUCAGCGAGUGGGACUUAGUAUGUGACAAUGGCUGGAAAGGGCCAUUUUCUACGUCAGUGUACUUUAUAGGAGUGCUGGUUGGUUCCUUUAUUACAGGACAGUUAGCUGACAGAUUUGGAAGGAAGAAAGUUAUGUUUUUAACCUUGGCUUUACGGACUGUAUUUGGCAUAAUUCAAACGUUUUCUCCAAACUGGGAAAUAUUCUGCACUUUCAAUUUUCUUGUGGGUCUCGGGUCAAUUUCAAACUAUAUGGUAGCUAUUGUUCUAGGAUCCGAACUUGUUGGGAAAUCUGUUCGUAUCAUAUAUGCUACAAUAGGGAUUGGCAUUUUCUAUGCAACCGGUUAUAUGUUCCUGCCUUUUGUUGCAUAUUUCAUACGAAGCUGGGAGAUAUUGAUUUUGACGUUGUGUCUCGUUGGCUUUCUGUAUAUUCCUUUGUGGUGGUUUAUUCCUGAAUCUCCACGCUGGCUUCUGAUAAAGGGAAGGGUACAGGAGGCUGAAGAAAUAAUAAGACAAGCUGCAAAGAGAAAUGAUGUCACCACACCAGUAAUGCUCUUCAGUGAUCUUGAGCUCCAAGAUAUGAAAGCUAAAAGUAAUCAAUCCCAAGCAAUUAUGCACUUGUUUACAACCUCUAAUAUACGGACUACCACGAUCCUGAACAUUAUAAUAUGGAUGGUUCUGGCAACUGGAUACUUUGGUCUGUCUUUGAAUGUGCCCAAUCUCCAUGGCGAUGACUAUCUGAACUGUUUCUUGAUGGGUGUCAUUGAAGUUCCAGCCGCUAUAGCUGCUUACAUUUUUCUCCAGAGGUUUCCCCGAAGGUUCAGCCUUUCAGGCAUUCUUUUUCUUGGUGGAGUUGUCCUUUUGCUCAUCCAGAUCAUACCUUCAAAUCUUUCAGUUCUAGCCACGGUACUGAUGGUGAUUGGAAAAUUUACUGCUACAUGCGGCUUCCUAAUUGUUUAUGUCUAUGGUACUGAGCUGUACCCAACUGCUGUAAGAAGCAUGGGUGUAGGACUGUCCUCAACAGCUUCCAGAGCAGCCACCAUCAUCUCACCAUACGUUUUCCACCUUGGUCUGUAUCACGAGUUUCUGCCUUUCAUUGUACUGGGAUGUUUGAUGGUGCUUUCAGCAAUUCUGGCCUUGAUUCUGCCUGAGACAUUCAAAAUUCCACUCAAAGACACGAUUGAUCAAAUGGAGAAAAUAAAGAGUACCAAAGUGGGCAACAACCUCCUGCUGGUCACGCCCAUUCAUGCCAACAAGAUGGCGGCAGAAUAG